GUGUGUGUGUGUGUGUGUGUGUGUGUGUGUGUGUGUGUGUGUGUGUGUGUGUGUGUGUGUGUGUGUGUGUGGUGGUCAGGAUGGAGUGUGUGAAGUCGAGUUUGUCGUCUGCUGGGAGUGAAACAGAAGGUAAAUCUCAGAGUGAGACAUUAACUCCGUUCAUGUUGGCUAAGAUCGAGAGGAACAGACAGAGGGCACUGAUGCUGAGACAAGCCAGACUCACCACCCGCCUGUCUGCUGGGGAAGGUGCCACGGCAACCAAAAUAGCUAAAACCAUCGAUUCUGGUGCUGGCUUCUUCAUCGAGGAGGACGAGGAGGAGGACAAGCAGCAGGCAACCAGAGUGGUGCACAAACCUGCCCCAGUGAUGGAGCCAGAUUAUCUGGUGUGUGACGAGUGCACAAAGCCGUUCAUGGAGUCGUACCUAAGCAACAGUUUUGAUCUCUCAGUGUGUGACAAGUGCAGAGACAGCGAGCUGAAACACAAGCUGAUUUCUCGAACAGAGGCGAAGCAGCUCUUUCUGUUGAAAGACUGUGAUCUGGAUCAGCGUGAGCCGCCGCUGCGCUUCAUCCUGAGGAAAAACCCCCACAAUCCUCGCUGGGGAGACAUGAAGCUCUACCUGAAAUCUCAGGUUGUGGCUCGGUCUCUGGAGGUUUGGGGCAGUGAGGAAGCUCUGGAGGAAGCACAAGAGUCUCGAGAGGAGAACAGAGAGGUGCAGAAACAGAAACGCUUCAACAAGAAAGUCAAAGAGUUGAGGCGUGCGGUGAGGAGCAGUGUGUUCAGGAAGGACACCGGAGUCCACCAGCAUGAAUAUGGUGAGGAAGAGCUGCUGGAUGAGGAUGAGGAUCAGUACAGGAAAGUGUGUAAGACCUGCGGACAUCAGCUCACUUAUGAGAAGAUGUAGAACCGGCUGUGUUCCAAAUCCAUCCACCGGAGCGCUGGUAGAAAUGUUUAUGGACCAACACUCACAGUGCUGCUGUCACAUUUCAGCAAAAUGAAACACUGCCUAAACACAUGGCUUCCACAACACGGCGUCCACGACACGGCUUCCACAACAUGGCGUCCAUGACAUGGCGUCCACAACAUGGCGUCCACAAAGGGAACUACCUUCAGAUUGGAACACAAACAUCUGUUACAUUCAAACUGUGGAUAAAAUGUCAAAUAAUUUUGUAAUAAAGAAUCAACUCAGGGGUUUGGAGUUUA